CAUGUCUUACUAUCAGCUGCUUUUCUCGUUUGAAGCCCCCGACCUUUCGAUAGCGGUUUUAGUGAUGAAGUUCUAAGCCGCGCUGAUGCAUUCAGACCCGAUUCAUCGUGUUCGUUUUUAACAUCGCCAUGAACCACAUGAUAGCUUGGCUAGUCUUUCUGGUUCUCUUCGUUUCUGUCCGAACGGUUAAAACUGAUGAUCAGCCCAAGGUUCAACAGGGCCACUGCGCGGAUAACAGUGAGAACUCCGGCGAUCUGAUUUUUACGGUACCGGAUAUAAAAAACAAAACACGUUUGGCAGAAAAGAAGAAUAAAAGCCGAGUCUGCCUGCCUGUUCCUUGCGCCGACGUCGAAGCGUACUCCGGAUUCAUCAAAGUUGACAAAAACAGCAACUCCUCUUUAUUUUUUCUGCACAUCAAAUCACAGGGUGAUGCCGAUAAAAAGCCCCUCCUUUUGUGGCUCCAAGGUGGUCCUGGGAAAUCGUCUCUCUUUGGACAGUUUCUUGAAAAUGGACCCCUCGGCAUAGACGCUAACGGGAAACUUUUUUACAGGAACCAUACAAUCGCAGAGUAUAUGAAUCUAAUUUAUUUAGAUCAGCCGAGUGGUUCGGGAUACAGCUUCAACAACGGCAUAAAUUAUACGACUAUGCUCGAUGAUGCGUCCACUCACAUCAUACGGUUUCUGCGGCGAUUUCUUAGAAUAUUUCCGGAGUACGUCACAAGAGACUUUUACAUCGCUGGAGAGUCAUACGGAGCAAGGUUCACAAUGGCGCUGGCGAGCGAAAUUUUGAAGAAUAAUAGCUUGGUCCCCCUAAAAUUAAGAGGAGUGAUGCUUGGCGUCGGAUUCUUGUUUCCUGUUCUCGAAUUGAUUGAUUCCAGCAAUUAUCUUUUUUCUUCUGGACUACUUGACCAUAAUGGCCGAAAGACUUUUGCUAAGCGGUUUCAGAUUAUCAAGAAACUUGAACAGCAACAAAACUAUACCGCGGCUGCUGUUCUUCUCAGUCAGACUGUCAUGAAUUUAGGCACUGCAGAAAAUCAAACAUUAUUUCAAAGACUUACUGGGUUUAAGCACCAAAGUAGUAUUGCAAGGACCGAAAGGAACGAAGAGAUAGCUGCGUAUUACAACUUUGCGAACAGCACUGCUUUCAAGAAAAUAAUACAUGUAGAUCCUUCUAGGGUACUCGAUGGCACGAGGUAUUCUGUAGUAAUGGCUCUAGCUCUAAACGAUUUGUUUAAGGACCACCGGAAUUUAGUAGAGUACGUUUUUAAUAGGACGCGUGUUCUCUUUUACACGGGCCAGUUUGAUGCCGUUUUCCCGGAAAUGAAUAUGGAAAAGUGUUUCAGAGAACUGAAGUGGCGUGGAGCCGCGAUGUUCCGCGGAGCGAAACGUGUGUUUUGGCACCGAGAAAACAGCAGCUCACUUGAACUCUUCGGGUACGAGAGAAUUGCGGGCGCACUAACGUACGCAAACGUGCUCUUCGGAGGCCACCACAUUUCUAUGGAUCGCUCGAUAGCUGUUAGCGAUUUGUAUCGUCGCUUUCUCACUUCUCACGAUCUGCUUACAACAACAACCGAAAUGAUUGCAUGCUGAACGGCACUCAGAAACACCAGCAAAAACUGUUUUUACUUUUAAAUUUUAUCACUCACGAAUUCUAGCUUCUUUGAAAAUUCUUUAUUAUCUGAUGACAUUGCCUGCGCACCCUUAAUUAUUCUUGUAUAGCCGCUCCACCCCCUCGUUAAAGCAUUAACAAACCAUAUCAGAACUUUGUGUAAAGUUUCACAGUGGUAUGCUAUAGAAUUCUUCCCAUCGUUCCAAACUUGCGCAUUUGUCUCGAGAUUGAUGUUCCAUCCAGAUCAACCAUAGCAAACGUAAAAAUUGUGCGAAACGCUAAAUAGUGAUACACAGAGACUGAUCACUACAACUUCAGCAACUGAAAAUGAAGCAUUUCUUAUUCUGCUGCUGGUUCAAGAAAGAAGAGAAUUUAAA